ACUAGUAGUGGCGGAGCAAGCAUGCAAAGCAGUAGCAAGAGUGCGAGUUCAAAGAAAUCUGAAGCGAGUUCUUCAUCAUCAUCAAGCCAUGCUGCAACUACUAGUGGCGGUGGUGGAGCAAGUAUGAAAAGCAGCAGCCAGAGCGCGAGUUCAAAGAAAUCUGAAGCAAGUUCAUCAUCAAGCAAAACAUCUGCGACUACUAGUGGCGGAGCAAGCAUGAAAAGCAGCAGCCAGAGUGCAAGUUCAAAGAAAUCAGAAGCGAGUUCUUCAUCAAGCAAAACAGCCACAACUAGUGGUGGUGGUAGCGGGGCAAGUAUGCAAAGCAGUAGCCACCAUUCAAGCUCAAGUAAAUCUGCAAUGAGCUCUUCAUCUUCAUCAAGCCACGCUGCUACAACUAGUGGCGGAGCAAGUAUGCAAAGCAGUAGCCACCAUUCAAGCUCAAGCAAAUCUGAAAUGAGCUCAUCAUCUUCAUCAUCUAGCUCAACUACAAAUAUGCAUGGCCAAGCCCCUAGUUCAGCAGGUACUCCAGAAACAAAUAUCAAUCACAAUAGCCACAAAAAGAUAGAUAAUAUGAAUACUUCUCACAAUGCAACUCAUACUUCUAAUAACUCGAACUCAAUGAGCACUAAUGUUUCAAACAGAUCCAAUGUCAACCAAACAGGUACAGCUGCAGGCUCUGGCACAUUUAGUGCCUCUAGUACAAAAACCACUAGCAAUCCAAAUACAGGGGUGCAAACUGUUCAUUCACACCAAAAUGGGGUGGUAAAUAAUGCAAACCCACAUGCGCAUGCAAACCCUGUGAAUAAAACAAAUAACGAGGUGAUUGUAACCAAAAAUAAGCAUCAAUCUACAAGUAUAACUGAGGCACUUAAAAAUAGAAGUAACUUCCUGCUGAAAGUAGAGGAGUUUGAAGUCGAAAGAGAUGGAAACAUUUUAUAUAAAGUUGCAGAAAAAAUCUCCACUAUUACAAAGGAUGACGUUAACCAGGGACUUGAUAUUAUUGGCACCGACUUAGUAAUGAAAGCAGUUAUUAUAGACUUUACAACUCUAGUUGAUGGCACAACCAGAGAACUUCUGCAGCCAUAUAUUAUUGUUGCAAUUAGUGGAGCGCCUGUUACUGUAAGCAUCGCAUUUGUUGAAAUGAAUUAA